GAAGAUUUGUUGACAUUUUGUCAGGUCACAAGAUGCAAAGAAGUGUCAAGUGUUUAGUGGCGAAUUACUCGUGAUAUGUCACUGGAGUUGAGCGAACACCAGGAGCAAAAUGAGUAACAUUAAAAUGAACCAGUUCGUGCAGGGACUGAAGUCCCGGCACGAAGAGACGAGGGUGAAAGCAGCUUGUGACUUACAACGUUAUGUAACUACAGAGUUGAGAGAGGUCUCUUUGGAUGAACUGAUAUCAUUCCUCGAUGAAUUCAAUCACCACAUCUUCGAGAUGGUCUCGUCCAACGAUGUGAACGAGAAGAAGGGAGGAAUUUAUGCCAUCAUGAGCCUUGUUGACGUGGAUGUUGGCCAGACUGGUGUUCGUAUCAGUCGAUUUGCAAAUUACUUGAAGAAUUUGGUCAAUAGCCCAGACACAGGCGUCACAGAGCUCACCGCCAAAGCAGUAGGUCGACUUGCCCUGGCGUCUGGCACAGUCACUGCCGAGUACAUUUAUGUAGAAGAUUUGGUGAAACGGUCAUUCGAGUGGCUGCAGGGCGAUCGGAAUGAAGGGAGAGACAUGCUGCUGUAUAGUUUUUGGUUUUUGUACUCCUCUUACUUAGCUGUCUAG